ACAGGCGACAUGGCGGCCUCUUCGACCGCGGUCGUAGAGCUUGGCUUUGCCGAGCCACCCGCACAUCCAUUAACUUCUGAAAAGUUUCCCAGCAAAAUCGGCGGGAGGCCGGCAUGGUUAAACCCUCAGCAUAUUUUGUCAGCAGAUAAAGUAGAAUGUGGCGUAUGUAAAAAACCCAUGGUAUUAUUGUUACAGCUUUAUGCGCCGGAAGAUUAUCCACCUGAAGCAUUUCACCGAAUGAUUUAUGUUUUUUGUUGCAAGAAUGGUUCUUGUCAUAAAUUAUCUUGGAGAGAAAGCUUUAAAGUAUACCGUAGCCAGCUUUCAAGGGACAAUCCAUAUUGGUCAGCAUCACCAUCAGCUUCAAGCAAAGAGCUCGAAGACCCGAAUCAAAAAAUUGCUAAUGAAUCAUCACCAGAUAAACAAUUGUCAAACAGAAAUCGGGAAAAGUUGCAAUAUGAUGAUCUAAAGCAAAUUCAUCAAAAAUUACAAAAAUUAGAUAUCAGCAAAUCCAAAGCAGCCAUUCAAUGCAUUGUUUGCGGUCUUCUCGGGUUUAAAACCUGUGGGAAGUGUAACAUCGUGCGAUAUUGUUCAAAAGCUCAUCAAAUUGAACAUUGGAUAACAGGACAGCAUAAGACACAUUGCAGUAGUAUGAAUUUGUCAUCUAUGUCGACAGAAAAUGAUGACAAAUUGUGUCAGAAUGCGAUUUUGUUUCCAGAGUACGAGAUUGUAAAUGAAUCUGAAACAAAUGAGGAUGAUGAAGAUGAGAAUAGGGAAAAUGAGAAUUCACAAGAGGUUAGCAAUUCUCGAGCUCUCGUUCCUACUGGGGAUGAAAUUUAUGAGGAAUCACAGGUAAACGUAGAUAAAGCUUUUUUGAAAUUUCAAAAAAAGCUGGAAUUUAAUCCUGAUCAGGUGCUGAGAUAUGCACGAGUUGAAUAUGAAGUCGACAGAAAUCCUGAUCCUUUAUGGGUCAGUGAUCACGAAAAACCGGAUUUACAGCGAGAUAUACCUGCUUGUCCUUAUUGUAGUAACCCGCGUACUUUUGAAUUUCAGAUACUUUCUACCCUAUUAAAUUACCUGAAGAUUGAUCACACGAAACGAGAUUCUCUCGAUUGGGAGGAAUUUAUUUGGCGUCAAGAUUUUUCAGAGGAGGGAGUUAGGCUGGAUCGAACACAAAAAGAAUAG